CGCCGACCUCGUGGUGGACGAAGUAUCAUCGACUCAGCCAUAUUGGAUUAUUGGAUGUCUCUGUUACACAAGGGCUCAAAAGUAGCCGUGAAAUUUUCGCAUAAUCCUCGACGAAAAGAGGAUACAGGACGCAAUGGAGGCCACGUAUAGUAUCACUGUUCACAAUAAGUACAGCUUGGCCCUGGACGAGGAUGAAGAUCCCCUAGAAGUGUUAAAAAUUCGCGAGGCUGAAAAGGAGGCGAAGAAAAAGGAAAAGCUCUCCGAAAAGGAGAACAAGUCCAAGCAACCUGAGACCCAGAAGAGUGCCGGCACCAAAACUCAAAAAAGUCGCGUUAUUAAAGAUGCCCAGCAGCACACUCCAAAAAUCCAGGAAUCCAAAAAGGACCAAGUUGAGAAAAAGCCUUCUCAACCGAGAACCGGAGGCGAUCGUAACUUGAAGUUCUCUGGUGAAUCGAGAGAAGAACGCAACAACAAGCGUAAUCGUGAAGAUGGUGAAAGACAACCGCGUAAUCAAAUGGAUAAUAGACGUGGACCUCCUGGCGAACAUCGUGAGCAGCGUGAACCACGUGAGCCUCGUGAGCCUCGCGAUUUUCGUGGUCCUGGUGACAACUCUCGCCCUGAUUUCGGUGAACGUCGCGGAGGACGAGGCGGUUCUCGUGGCGGUGGAAUGAAUCGCGGUCGUGGUGGAUCACGUGGAGGACGUGGUGGCUUCGAUAAUCGCGGGAAACGAGAAUUCGAUCGGCAAUCUGGUUCAGACAAAACGUAUGGUUACAGUGGAGUGAAACCAGUUGACAAGAAGGAUGGCGCUGGCAGCCAUAACUGGGGAACUCAUAAUGAUGAAAUUGAAGAAAGUUUGAACCAGGAAUCUCAAGAUUGGGAUGCCGAGAAACCGGAAAUUGAUUUGUCCACACCGGCGACAACUGAAGCCGCUAAGGAAGGUGAAGUUGCUAAUACCUCGACAGAGGAAAAACCGAUUGAGGAGGAAUCGCGUGAAAUUACAUUGGACGAAUGGAAAGCAAAACAAGGCACACGUGCCAAGCCACAAUACAAUUUGCGUAAAGCUGGCGAAGGCGAGGAUUUGUCACGUUGGAAGAAAAUGUAUGCUCUUGAGAAAAAGAAGGAAGGCGAGGAGGAAGAUGAGGAUGACGAAGAAUAUGAUGCUACUGAAUAUCCGCAACGAGUUGGAAGGCAGAAACGAGUUUUUGAUAUUGAUAUCCAAUUCAGUGAUAAUCGACGUGGUGGAAGUGGACGUGGUGGUCGCGGAGGUCGCGGAGGACGCAGCGAUCGCGCCAAUGGCGGACGUGGUUUUGGUAAUCGCGGCGGAGCUCCGAGAGAUACUGAACCUCGAGCUCCAGUUGUAAGUGUCGAGGCUCCACAGGCAGAACAACGAUCUCCUCGUGGUCGUCAAAAUGCUCCGAAGGUGGACGAUGAGAAUGAUUUCCCAUCAUUGGGCUAAGGCAGAGGUCUUCUCAGUCCAUGAGCAGCUAUGUCAUCAUCAACAAAAAAAAAAAAAAAAAAACAUUGCAAGAUCUUGAAACUACUAUUAUUGCUACAGCUCUACUAUUCCUCCCACUGCUACUAUCGACGGUUUCACAUUCAUAACAUCGUUAUUAAUGCAUAAUACAGUACACUUUUCGCAGAAUGAGAUACGUAAUUAACGCGAACAUUGGCCUCGUUUACACCCCGCGCGCGAGCGACCCCUUUUGUCGUCUUCAACUCGAGAGAAUUGAUGACACAUUAUUCGAGUUUCUUACCAAUUGAUAUAUAUAUAUGUAUAGAGAAUUGCUGUACGUCAUUAAUUCAACAUUCGACAUCUGCUCAAAUCGCCAUCUUUGAUCUCUUGUACUUCGAGUCAAAAAGAAAAACAAAAACCGAUUUUGUGCAACUGUAUCUUGCGAGUAAAUUACGUCUUCGUCUUGUCAUUCUUCCGAGAUUGAAAACAACGAAAUAAAAGCACACUCUGUCCCGUAUUGCUAAAAAUUUUUUUUCUCUGCUUUUUUUAUUACAGCUUUAUGGAGCAGUUGGUGUUUGUUGUUUUUUCUCGGAAAUUUGCCUAUUAAUUUUUUUUUUUUUUUUUAUGUAUCGAAACAAAUGAGCAGCCAUUUUUUUUUAUAAACGGGAAACGGAAACUCUGAGUUUAAUUUCAAUCCUAUUGUCGAAAAAAAGGCCUAGGAGAGGCCUUAAAGUCUUCUUUUUUAAUUUACACGCGAACCGUGUAUAUCAAAACAAGAGUAAUGUCACCUAGGAAUCAAUUUUACCAGAUUUUUGCUUCCAUCAUCAUAGAAGUCUCAAUUAAUUUUCACGAAUUCUCCUCAAAUUCAGAUUUAAUUUUUUUUUUUUUUUAAAUCAAGGAAUUGUCCAAGAAUUUUUUUUAGAAAUUCUUUUUAUCUGAAUUCGACAUUUUUUUUCAUGAAGAAUUCUGAAGCGCAUGAUUAAAGAAGCUUGAAAAAAACGUGUUGUACACGAUUUUUUUUUUGUUUUAGAAAAAUUUUUUUCAUACUUUUUCUUUUUUAAAAAAAGGAAAAAAAAUACGAUUUUCGUAAAAUAAACUAUUAAUAUUUGCUCGCGUGAGUUUUUACAAAUAUAUAUAAAUAUAUAUUAUUAUUAAAAAAAAAAAAAAAAAAAAGAAGAAAGAAAGAAAUGAAAUCCUUGGAAAUUCUUAAUCGUAUACGUUAGAUACGCUAAGUUUUUUCGGCUUUGUAUUUAUAGAAAUACAUUUUUGUUAGGUACUUUUUUUUCCUCUCGAGAUUUAAACCGUGUGAAAUUUCACAAUCAAGACAUCUGUGUAUUGUGCGCGAAAAUAAAACACUGACUUAGUUUUACAUUUUUACAGAUUCUUUAAAAAUUAAUCCAAUGAGAAACAGAGGGAGAAAGGAAGAGAGAAAGAGAGAGAGAGAGAAAGAAAGAGAGAGUGAGAAAGACAAAUCCAACAAUUAAAACAUGUACAUUGUGCAUCGAUGGUCAUAUUCUUGAUUAUGGGCUACUUUCUUAGUUAUUUACUAUGAUUGUUAUUCUUUAAAGUAAAAAAAAAAGAAAAAAAACGUAUAAAGAAACCACCAAAAAUUUCACGCCUUCAUCAAAAAGGAUGAUGUUACGAUAUUUGAAACUUAGGUAUAUGUGUAAAUAACAUAUUUACAGUAAUAAAUUGUGACAAGACUAGCUAAUUCGAGUUGACUUUUAAUCGAACGUCCGUCAGGAGGCAAGAAUAAUAAUAAUAAUAAUGAUUUUUAAUAUUAUUUCUUGUGUAGAAUUUUGUGAUUCACGAAAGAAAGAAAGAAAAAAAACAUGAAUGUAUGUGUGUGUGUAUGUGUACAACUCGUAUUAAUUAUAUAAAAAAAAAAUCUUGCUUGAAUGAACUUGUACCUGAGACACAAGUUAACAGAAAUUAAAUUUAGAGCUCCUACCUUUUCUACUUUGAAUCAAUAUGAAGCCAGAUGAUACGAAUUAGCAGCUAAAAACGAUGUAAACGAUCAUUAUUUUAUAUAAACGUUCCCUCAAUAAAUGAAAGACACGCAGAAAACCGACAAUAUAUUUUUUUUCGGUUCUUGCCAAGAUAAUAUUUAUCUAUAAGACAUUUAUUUUAAAAUUAUAAGAGUUUGCAAAAUUAAAUUUUUUUUUCAAUAGAAUGCAUAAUGAAGAUACAAAUUAAAGAAAUUAAAAAAAUGGAUCUAUAAUACAAAAAAAAGUAGAAGGGUGGAUGGUGAAAGGAAUAAAAGAAUAUCUCGUUCUCGUUCAUUCGGAAGGCCGUACUGUAGAGACCCCAAAGUUAAAAAAAAGCGCUAAUUAAAAUUUUUUAAAAAAGCCAUUUUAGCGUGCAGUUUUUGAAGAACGAAAUCCUCGUUCACGAUUCUACGUAUAAUUUUUUAAAUUAAUUUUCACGUACAUACGCACAACUAUGCAUUUACUACUAGGAAACUUUUUUUUUUAAACUUCAUCUUCAUCUUUCUUUUUUACAUUGCUACUUAAGACAUUAUUAGUUUACUUAAAGAUCUUAAACUUAAAAAAAAACAAUUAUUGUUGACUGUGAAAGUAAGGAAAAAUAAUCAUUUAAUGACUUUUCACGUCGUACUCUUGUCUUUAAAUCUUAUAUUUUCAAGAAAAAUAAAAAAAAGUAGAUAUUUUUGUUUGAAUUUUCUUUUGUUUUGCUCAAGUAUUGUUGACUGUAUUUUUGAUUAAAUUAAUGUCAUUAUUUUGACGUUGAAAUCGUGUUACUGAAAACAAAAAAAAAAAAUGAAAAUAUUCAAUACUACACAGAAGUGAAGUGUGUGAACACAAUGUGACGAUUGUACAUAGAUAAACAUUCUGUGUCUUGUGGAAAAAUAAAGGAAAUUUCCAAAGUA